AUGGAUUUCUUUCCUUCACCACUGAAGGACUGGAGGGGGGGCGUCUGUUUUGAGCUGUAUCUCAUUAUGGUGGACGGUUGCUGGUUGGGUACACGGCUCCACUUUAUGGACGAGGCCAACUCUUUCGCCGGUAGCCUUAUUUGUAUGUGCCGAGAAGAGUCUGCGAGACAGGCUAUCCGCAUUGCACGGUCAAAUUUUGGCAUCGUUUUCGGCAGUCAUGGUCUGGUGACCUGUGAACGGCCUAGCAAUCAGCUAGUGCUUGAAAUGCUUAACCAUUGA